AUGGCUCCCACAUCAGCUCAGCAACUUCAACAAAACGCCGCAGUCCUCGAGGAUGUCCUGAACAAUAACAUGUCUAGAGUGGAAAUGAGAGCACACGAGAUAUCUCAUUCGGGUAAUCCCGUACUUGAAGCCCGUGUCUUUCAAGUAGCAAGCCGAAUUGCACUCCAAUUUGCGACUCAGCUGCAUUGGUCGAAUUUCCACACCUGGGAGUCUUUCCGUCACAUUAAUACCAGAGAGGAAGCUCUUGAGCAUGCUCCUCACUUCUGGGACUCAAUCCACCCGUUCUCAACCUGUCUCGGAAUGGCAUCAACGGUCACCACUGCUCUCCAAACGGCCCUCUCACAAGAAGCAGAUCUAGCUAAGUAUGCCGAUGACGUCCAGCUGGUCACUGAUUGCACUGUUGAAGCUUUCAAAAUUUCUCGUCGUUUUCAUUGCAUUACAAUGGUCCGUUUCCGACACUACUGCAUCGUGAUCGACCUUGUAGCGCAGCCCACUGCCUUCAAGGUCGGUCUAACAUCGAUCUACACGUGUCAGAAAUUGUUGACCUUUCUUGAAGACCGCACCUUAAGCUUUGAGUAUGCAUAUAUUUCUGGACCGAACAGUGCGCGCAUGCUGGUAUCGUACUCCGGAGCUCUUCCCCGAGCCUCCCCUGACUCCUUUCGCUAUGGCGAGUUAUUUACCGGCAUUGAGGGUGGCAUACAAGGAGGCAUUAUCAACUAUGCCUUUCUGGCGGCCAAAACGAAGCGUACAACACCACUCGGUGACAUGCCCAGUCGUAGAACGCUUCAGACACGCGACAUUUGGGAUUAUGAGCCAACGAACCGCUUCGUGACGUAUACGCCUCUUGAGGAUGGUAAGUUUCUCGUCGACACGAUUGUCCUUCGCAUUGAUAUCAUUGAGCAGCAGCUCGUCCUGCAGCUUCCUUAUAUCGACUGGCUUGCCAAACCAAACAACUUGCACUUCCUUGAACGUAUGAAGCAGUACAGCGGCUUCAAACAAUGUAAGAGAAGCUUGAAGGGUGCGGUUGCGUAUCUCUACUUGCCGUUGGGAACUGGCACUAUGCUCGAUUUAGCUAGGACAGGACUUUCUCAAGAUACUGUAGACGGUGUUCAACUGGUGGACGAUGUGUGCGCAGCACUUGGGCUCCCAGCCGGUGAGGUCUUACGGAUCGUUCAAGUCGUGGCCGACUUCUGGGCGGAAGCUUUGGCUAAUCAUCACGAUAAAUCGAUUUCAAAUGAGGCGUGGGGUAGUGCUAUCAUUAGUGACCGUGUUGACUCUUAA